AUGCGAUUAUUCAUUGUGCCCGUUUGCAUGGCAGCAUUCGGUGUAUCCACCGCAAGAUCCAUACUGUAUGAUAUUCAGUACAAUAAUCAUUCAGGUUUUAAGCUUAGUUUCAUAAGUAGACUGGAUCUGCUUGCAUUUGCAGACAUGGCUGCAAACACAUAUUCAAAAAGCAGCAUGAACAAUGAGUUAGCUUCAUUUGGAUAUGGUAGCAAUAGAUUACGUGCAAAGGCAUUUGCACAUGGCACUGGUGUGGUUGUGGCAUUCAAGGGAACAAGUCCGAUAUUCAUGGGAAUAGAAACAGGACGAACAUCAAAAGCAGACAAACUUAUUGAUAAGGUGCUGUACUCAAUAUGUAGCACACAUGAAUGUGAGAAGCAGAAGCUUAAGGACCUGGAAAGAAUCGGAUAUCUUGCAGAUGCACUUCAAAUAGUGCAAGCUGUUGCAAAUAUGUAUCCUGGAAUGAACUUGACUCUUACUGGGCACUCAAUGGGUGGUACAAUUGCAUCUCUUGCAGCAGCUAUACUUAAUCUCCCUGCAAUAGUUUUUUCUUCGCCUGGGGAUGCAUACAUAGCAAAGAUCCUUGGUAUUGAAGUGGAGAAGAGUACAAAUCAGAGCAUCAUCCAUGUUGGAAUGUGUAAUGAUGCAGUGUUCAAAGGUAAAUGCAACAGAGCGUAUGGUCCAUGCGGAGUGUUUGGAUAUAGAAUUCAGACAAAGUGCCAUCUUGGUACUACAUUCUGUAUACACAGCCAUGGAUGGAAUAGUGUGUUGUAUCAUCCGAUCGAUGUUAUCAAAAGCAAGCUUACAUCUUUUGAAGAUAUUGUAUUGACCAACAUCCAUGCAAAACGCUGUGUCUAUGUUUAA